CACACAAGCUAGCCUGGGAACGCCCCCGGGGUGGAAAUGUAAGAGCUGGGCGGGGACCGGGAAUUCUGGACUUCUCUACUUGGACUGCUGCAAUCGCGAUCCGGACCCGGAUAAGCGGAAGAAAAUGGAUGAGAUGACGCAGUGGGCCCAGCUUCAGGUGCUGCAGGAUCCCAAGUACCUGGAGCAAGUAGACCAGCUGUACGACGACUCCUUCCCCAUGGAAGUAAGACAGCGCCUGAGCGAGUGGAUUGAGAGCAUCGACUGGGAUUCUGUGUCAGAUGAUGAAUCGUUGGCCACCAUUCGCUUUCAUGACCUCCUGGCUCAGAUGGACGACCAACGCAGCCACUUUGACUUGCUGCAGCAACAUAACUUGCGCAAGAUCAAGGGGAAGCUUCAGGAAACAUUCCAGGAAGACCCGGUCCACAUGGCCAGGAUCAUCUCAAAAAAGCUGAAGGAUGAGCGCCGAAUCCUUGCCAGUGCAAAGAGUGCAAUAGUAGAAGAAGGUGAGGCCACCAUGUCAGCCAUGCUGGUGGAGAAACGCAACUUGGACAGAAAAGUGAAGAUCAUGAGGGACCAAGCUCAGAUGGCGAAUCAAGACAUGAAAAAUCUGGAAGAGAGGUGGAGGACCGGGGAGAAGGAACUUAAAAACGUGACGCCAAAGGAGGUGGAGACGGAGAAGAUGAAUAUCGGUAGGAUGUGCUCGGAGCUGAACGCCAUGCGACAGAAUGUGGUGCUCCAUCUGACUGAGCUUCUGAACGUCACUCGAGCUUUACUGUCAGACCUGAUCUCAGCGGAGCUGCCUGAGUGGAAGCGGCGGCAGCAGAUUGCCUGCAUUGGCGGACCGUCCAACGCUUGCCUGGGCCAGCUGCAGAAUUGGUUCACAGCGGUAGCAGAGACCCUUCAGCAGGUUCUCCAGCAUCUGAAGAAGCUGCAGAAGUUCACUUUUGAAAGCGACACCGUCACCCAGAAGAAAGAUUUCCUCGAGGCCCAAGCUCUGGAGCUCUUCAAGAACCUCCUCACCAACGCUUUGGUUGUGGAGAGCCAGCCCUGCAUGCCCGCCCACCCACAAAGACCGCUAGUACUGAAGACCGGCAUCAAGUUCACUGUACUACUACGGUUCCUGGUGAAGCUGCCCAUGUUGAAGUUCUGGCUCAAAGUCAAGGCUGUGUUUGACAAGGAUGUGACAGACAGCAAAGGGUUCCGUAAGUUCAACAUGCUGGGAACGAACACCAAAGUCAUGAACACGGAGGAUCCCAACGGCAGCCUGCAAGCAGAGUUCAGAGAUCUGCAAUUAAAGGAGCAGAAAGUAACAGGAAGUCGAAACAGUGAGGCAUCCCAGAUCGUCACAAAGGAGCUCCACUCGCUGAGCUUUGAGUCGGUGCUGCAGCUCAGCCAGUCUGGAAUCAACGUCCAACUGGAGGCGCUGUCUCUGCCCGUGGUGGUGAUAUCCCACGUGAACCAGCUGCCCGGAGCCUGGGCCUCCAUCCUGUGGUACAACAUGCUAACCAGCGAGCCCAAGAAACUGCAGUUCUUUCAGUCUCCACCGGCAGCGAAGUGGUCUCAGCUCUCCGAGGUUCUCAGCUGGCAGUUCUCCUCCGUCACCAAGCGAGGCUUGAGCAACGAGCAGCUCGGCACGCUGGCCGACCUGCUGCUGGGACCCAACGCUGAGAGGAACCCAGAUGGACUCAUUGCCUGGAGCAAGUUCUACAAGCCACCAAGCGCUAAUAAGAAAGUGAAUUCCUUCUGGUUGUGGAUUGACGGCACCCUGGAUCUGAUUCAAAAGCACCUGCUUGUUCUCUGGAAUGACGGCAUCAUCAUGGGUUUCAUCAGUAAGGAACGUGCAAUGGCACUGCUGAGCGACAAAUGUCCAGGGACCUUUUUGCUCAGGUUCAGUGAGAGCAGCAAAGAAGGAGCCAUUACGUUCAUGUGGAUCGAACAUGACCUAACCAACACCCCCAUCUUCCACUCAGUGGCGCCAUACAAAAAGAAAGAUCUGAGUGCAGUCUCUUUGGCCGACAGCAUCUGCACCUACAAGUGGAUGGCGGCGGACAACAUCCCCUAUGAGCCGCUCACCUUCCUCUACCCCAACAUCCCAAAACAUGAAGCGUUUGGGAAGUACUACACCCAAAAUUUCGAGCCUCCAGAGCCCAUGGACAUGGACGUGGACAACACAGAGUUGAGCGGCUACAUCGGGAAGCUGCUUAUUUCCGUCUCAGUGGUACAUCCGUCCCGCCUGCAGGAGAAACUGAUGCUGAUGUCACCUGGGGUCUUCGAGAGUUUGGAGCAGUUUGUCGGUCCCUCAGACGUUGAUGACGCAAUGAACGUAGACUGUCAGGGUCAGAACUGAGGAGGUCUGUCGUACUCUAACUUCAUUUGUAGAAAAGUAUGGAAAAAGCCUCUCCCCUUUCUGCCCGAGCUGCAUCACAGACUCCACAAAACGAACGAUUCACUCGCGCAGCCCACGGGUAUCACUGACUCACAGGCAAUGUCCCCCCAAAUGUUUCAAGUGCCUGAGGACCUGAGCUUGCCUUGGACCUCAGCGCCAUCAGACGUGCACACUAUAGUAUCACACCUGCCCAAAACCUGAGCUCUUGAGGUAGUCCAGCUUCCAUUCUGUGGUAUUCUACAGUCAGCAAGUCAUAUUCCACAGUGUAGCUUUCUUUAUUUUCUAUUUCUUAUCUUGCUUAUCAUUUAUUUUGUGAAUUAUGUAUACUUGGCUUUCCUUACUUCCCUUCUAUUGUGGCACUAUUUCAUCCUGGAAAUUUACUUGAAAUUGAUGCCAUAUUUGUAAAUGUUUGCUAUUGCCUAAUUAAAAACUAUUUGACUCCCGGGUACUUGACGAACACCAAGUUUGGUGCUGGACGAACUGAUUUCACUGAUUCACAGGUUGACGAACUCUCUGAAGUUUCAUUUACUCACGAAAAAGAAGACUCGAGUUUCACUGACUCACGGGCACUCGACGAAGACUCGAGUUUCACUGACUCAUGGGUUGACGAAGACACAAGUUUCAUUUACUCACAAGUUAAGGAAGACUCUAGUUUUGCUGACUCUCGGGUACUUGGCAAAGACUCAAGUUUGACUGACCCACGGGUUGGCAAAUACUUGAGUUUCAUUUACUCACGGGUUAAAGAAGACACGAGUUUCGUUCACUUACGGGUACUCAAUGAAAAGACUCAAGUUUCACUGACUCAUGGGUUGACUACUCCAGUUUCAUUUUCUCACUGGUUAAAAAAAGACUAGUUUCACUUGCUCUCUGGUACUCAACGAAGACUCAUGUAUCACUGACUCACGGAUACUCAACAUAGACUAGAGUUUCCCCGAUUAAUGGGUGCUUGAGGAACACUUCAGUUUCACUGACUCACAAGUGGACGAAUACUCAAGUUUCAUUUACUCACGGAUUAAAGAAGAUUCUAGUUUCGUUGACUAUCGGGUAUUUGACGAAGACUCUAGUUUCACUGACUCACGGGCUGACGAAGAAACGACUUUCACUGACUCAAUGGUGCCAGACCAAGACUUGAGUUUCAGUGACUCAGGGGUUGACUAAUACUCGAAUUUCAUUUACCCACAGGUUUCAAAAAUACUAAGUUUUGUUAAUUUUAUAAAAUUCAUUUUUGUUUAUUUGUUUACUCGGGUCGUCGAAAAGACUCACGUUUCACCGACGCACGGGUACUUGACUAGCACUCAAGUUUCACUGAAUCACGGGUGCUAAACAAAAACUUGAGUUUCACUGACUUACAGGUAUUUGAUGAAGACUCGAGUUUUACUAACUCACAGAUUCUCAACAAAGACUUUUCACUGACUCACUAAAAAUCAAGCUUCACCGAUUCCCAGGGGCAAUUUGUUGCGCAUCUGCGAAAUUCUGCCCAGGCACUUUGUGACGACUGACUCGAGACUCGAGUACCCGAUUUACUUCAUUGACUCAUAAGAACUGGAAUUAAUAAAAGGAAUCUAUUUUCCCAUCACUACCCGGCAGUGAUGAAUCGUUUGGGAACGAUUCGGCUCUUACAGGAGCCAUCGUUUUUUGUUUUUUUUUUGGUCAUCUUAUUUUCUGUUCAACCCGCACGUGAUGGUGAUGACGUGCGGUGCCGUAUGUGUCGACACGGGGCGGAAGGGGAAGGAAGGG